ACCUGCAAAAUAACCGGUACUAUAGUUAGUGGAAUCAGAUGGGUCCGACCUAAUGGUGGAUUACCACAAACGGUUAUACUAUGCAACUUUAAAAACACGAUAUGUGAUCCAUCUGGGAGGAUGACUGGCUACACUGGUACCAUUGUAUCACCUACACAGCAUAAUCUAACCAUCCACUCUUUUAGUACUGAAACAGAUGUUGGAGAAUGGAUUUGUCUUGAUGGACCAAUAGGAGCUGGUCCACUUUCUUGCAACAUGACUCUCUACACUCCUCCAAUUCCCAAUCCAGAGAGUCAGGUUUCGGAAUCCACCAUUAUUAUACUAGUAGUAGUGAUAGGUGUUCUACUGGUCGUCACUGUUGCCGUAUCGUGGUUGUGUUACAAGCGAACGAAGCGACAACCGAAACCUGAGCAAGAGAAAUCUGAACAGAGAACUCAAGAGGGAGGAGAUGAGAGAGGCCAAGUUGACGAACCAGCUGUCGAACAGAUAGAUUAAUUAGAUGUACACUUGCUUACUAGUGAAUGCUCGGAAUAAGUCGAGUUCACCAACUACUGGUCACUCGAAAACAAGUUAACCAAUGAAAUGAGUAUAAGCUGGCAUCACUUUGACAAAUUGACCGAGCACAAUUGUCAACAACAUUUUAUUUCUCUGCCAGUUCUGUGUUGGUGGAUGUAUUAAUUAAUUAUUUAUUUUUUAAAGUUGUUUUACUCGUUAUUCGAAAGCUGGCAAUAACAUAUGUACGUAAUACACAGCAGGGAUUGAAAUAAUAUGUAUACGUUCAGGGGACAAUCUGUCUACAGGAUGAGUCAAGUUGGGGACAAAUUAGCAGCUAGUAUUUUCAUAUUGAAAAAAAUCUAAAUUGUUCCCAUUUGUAUAUAACGAUUUUUAAUUUUCAUAUUUCCUGUUCGUCGAAAACACCGAUCUCUUAUAUUCGACUAGUUUUCAUUUACCAAAGUUAGACGCCCAGUAGCCGAUGUAUUUUUCGUGCUGGACAUCUAUUCUAUUCUAUUCUGUUCGACUGGUUUUCUUUACUGUGUUUAGGUGUGAUAAAAGGGAUACAUACAUUUAAUUUUUCAAGUAAUAAACUGCUUGUAUCGUGCAUGUUUUUUGUUUUGUUACACAUUAUUUAAAAUAAAAGAAGGAUGCGAAAAGUCACUUUUGU